CUCCCUGUGUCUCCUCCUCUCCGCUCCAACCAGGAAACACCGAGGAGUCUGCCUCUCUUUAGCCGCUCCUCUCCGCCCCGGGCUGCGGGGCUAGAUGCGCCUUUUUCGUCGGUUUUUCUCCUUUUUUAUUUCACUAGUUUGACUUUAAUCGUCGAGCUUCAGCUGUGAAGUGAGAAGAAGAGAGUGGAGGAGAAGAUCUCCACUGGCCGAACAAUGAGUGAGUCCAGUAUCUGCCAGGCUCGGGCCACUGUGAUGAUCUAUGACGAUGGCAAUAAGAAGUGGCUGCCGGCGGGAACUGGAGCCCAGACCUUCAGCAGAGUCCAGAUCUACCACAACCCCACAACCAACGCCUUCAGGAUCGUGGGACGCAAGAUGCAGACGGACCAGCAGGUGGUUAUAAACUGUCCAAUCGUGAGAGGUCUGAAGUAUAACCAGGCCACGCCCAACUUCCACCAGUGGCGGGACGCCCGGCAGGUGUGGGGGCUCAACUUCGGCAGCAAAGAGGACGCGACUCUAUUCGCCAACGGCAUGUCUCACGCUCUGGAGGUGCUCACCUCUAUGGCAGAUGCAGGCUAUGCGACCCUCCCCCGCCCCGUCUCCAACGGACCCACUCCAGAAGAGCUUGAACAACAGAGAAGGUUGGAGCAGCAGAGGCUGGAGCAGCAGGAACGGGAGCGCCAGGAGAGAGAGAGACAGGAGCGGGAACGUCAGGAGAGAGAGAGACAGGAGAGAGAAAGACAAGCUGCUGCAGUCCCGAUUCCUCCACCUCCACCUCCUGCUGGAGGCCCCGCUCCUCCACCUCCUCCUCCACCUCCUCCUCCUCCUCCAGGACCUGGUAUCCCUCCCCCGCCGGGACCACCUCCCCCUUCCUCUGGAGGACCUCCACCAGCCCCACCCCUGCCUCUUCCAGGAGGAGGAGGAGGAGGAGGAGGAGGAGGUGGAGGAGGAGGAGGUGGAGGAGGAGGAGGUGGAGGAGGAGGAGGAGGAGGAGGAGGUGGACUUGGAGGAGCAGGGGGCUUGGCAGCUGCCUUAGCAGGAGCUAAACUCCGCAAAGUAUCCAAGCAGGAGGAAGGAGCUCCUGCAAUCAGCAGAGCUGACUCCAGCCGCAGCAGCAACUCUGGAGGAGGUGGAGGAGGAGGAGGAGGAGGAGGUCUGAUGGGUGAAAUGAGUGCCAUUCUGGCACGAAGGAGGAAAGCUGCAGACACUGGAGAGAAACCUGCUGUGAAGACCCAAGAUAAUGAUGAUUCAGAGCCUCAAGGCCAAAGUGACACCCUGAGGAGACCGUGGGAGAAGUCGUCUAUGACGAGGAAUAACUCCAUCUCCAAGAGCAUGGACUCCACCCCCCCAUUGUCCCAAGGGUCCAGGCCAAAACCUGCAGGCAACAACAGCAAUGAUACAGGUGGGAUGGAUGACUCCGAUUUAGAGAAAAUGAAACAGGAGAUCCUGGAAGAGGUUCGGAAAGAACUACAAAAAGUCAAGGAGGAAAUUAUCGGAGCUUUUGUUCAGGAGCUGCAGAAGAGAAGCACAUAGUUGUGCCGAGCGUCAGGUGUAACGAGGGAUGAGAUAGAUAGAGGGACCUCUCCUCCACUCUGCCCUCCCAUGUAGCCCAGGGAUUUCCCUUUCUCUCCUACACAUUUUCUCUUUUCUCUCUCUCUUAUUACACCAACACGUGAGCAUACUUGCUUAUGUGUACAUCAUGCAUAUUCACUUCAUGUAAGCGGUAACCCAGGGAGCCUCCUCGCGUCGCCAUCCGUCACUUUUCACCAUCACUCACUAAUAUUAGUGGCGGUGAUCCCAUCUCUCCCAUCUCUACCAUCUCUCCCAUCUCUCCCCCGUUCAUUCAUCCCGUCCCCUCGUCUCCUCGGUGUCCAUCUGAACCAACUCGGAGCACACAGCCACACUGUAAAAAGGUCUAAAAACCAGAUAAAACAGUAAAACAUAGGGAAAUGAUCUUGCUACAUGGACAGAUAAUUUACCUUGACAAGAUUUCUUAAAUUAAGAUUAUUAAAUCUAGAAAUAAGCAUGUUGAACACCUAAAAUAAGAAAUUAACUCUUAAAACCAGAUAAAUGAUCUAACACUUCUAAAUCUUAAGUUGUUUUUUUUAUCUUGGUAAGAACCAAAUAAUCAUCAGGUCACUCUGCUCGGGCCAGUUCAUCACUGCUGGCAGCUUUAAUUUAUCUGGUUUUAAGAGUUAAUUUAUUAUUUUAAGUGUUCAACAUGCUUAUUUCUAGAUUUAAUAAUCUUAAUUUAAUAAAUCUUGUCAAGGUAAAUUAUCUGUCCAUGCAGCAAGAUGAUUAGUGUUUUAUCUGGUUUUUAAACCUUUUUUGCAGUGCAGCCACAGUUGCUCUUCCAUUGGUCAUCAUGUACACUCAUCAUAACCCUCUUUUCUGCAGAAAUCCUGCUACUUGUGUCUUCUCCCUUCUGCUAUCAGACGCACCAUUUACUGAUAGAGCAGUCUUCAGUAUUCAGGGACAACGUAUAAGUCACAUUUACUGUAAUAGCAAGAUGCUGGGAGGCUUGUUCUCUCUUUCUCAGUUGGCAAACAAUAGUUUAACCUCAAACACUGCUGUGGGUAGGUUUGUUCAGACAUCUGCUGUUAGGUUAUUGUCUCUAAUGGUAGUUAGAGGUGGAACAACAACAAUAAUGGAGGAUGGAUCAGAGACCCCAGCUCCCUGACUACUGCAGUCAGGUGGACUUUCAGCUCCCAGCAACUAAAGAACUAAAGAACUAAAAGAGCACAACACAAGCCUUCACUGCUGCAGAGAGGAAGAGGAGACAAGCAGAGGGACUCUGAUGGACAACCUGAGUGUGUUGUAGUUUUAUGAUGUGUGAGAAAUGUAUUCUCUUUGCAUUGCACUUGUUCCAGAGGAAGUGUGUCUGUGUGCCACACUGCCUUGACAGACUAUUCCCUCUCACUCUGAAUGAGAUAUUUGUUGGCCGGCGCUCCUCCACUGUUAUUAUUUUCUUCCAUUCUAGCUAUGUUUUCUAACUCUGAAACAUGAAUAAUGGCCAUGAUGAGGUCAAUUAAUUUGGCCAUGACCAACUGCCUUGAGAAUAAAUAUAUAAAUAUAUAUAUAUAUAAGGAAAAAUAUAUAUUUGUUUUGAGGGAAAAUGUUAGCAAAAAUGAAAUGGUGUUUCUAUUUUAAUUGAAAUGACUGGUGAAUGGGGAUUUUGUUUUCCUUUUUUUUCAAUGAUUGUUUUCUUAUGAAAUGUUAUUUUGGGUUUACUGUUUCUUUUUUCUAAUAGAGUCUAGGCUUUUUACACUGAAAUAUUAAGAAAACAGCUUAGAGACACUGGAUUAGAAAUGCCUUUAUAGUCGAAUACAGCUGCUUCUUGAAAUGCA